AUGAUAAUCUUAAGUAUGGCAAUUUCGACAGUCUGGAAACAACACUGGUCAUUCAUUUUCCGAGAAGACAGAUCACAAAGUCUCACAUACAACCACCUCAAGAAUGCCAUGUGGAAAACUUUAUCUGAACGCAUAAUAGAUGACAGCCAAAAACACAAAAAAAACAGCAUAUGGAUACACAAAGGGAUAGUGGACUGGACGUCUCAGAACGUCCAUAUCACCUACCCAAGUAUACAUAUUGCUGAAUAA